CUUAAAUCGAUCUGCUAAGUAAUUUUUCCACGUUGGAAUCUAUUUGGUACUAAGCAUGGAUCAGCUGACGCGAUUUGAGCUGCUACAGUUUUGUUAUUAAGAUGCUUAGUAGCGUUUGCCGAUAAGGCCAAAUAAAGCAUGCUCCGUUUUGCUUGCUAUCAACUUUUAUAUAAGGUGUUCGUCAAUCUUUCAGCAGAUAAAAUUGUAUCAAGUGCCAGGACAACGUUCCUGACACGAAAUGAUUUUGAGUAUUUGUGGAGCGUAUGUGGAACAUAUCCACGGCUAUUGAUGGAUCAGCUUUGCACGAUACACUGCCCUCGGUUGACCAGUUCUUUCAAAUCAUCCUAUGGAUUAUUUUCACGGCUAGUACUAUGAAUGUGCUUGAUUAUGCUGGAUAUGCCCCGUUCGCGAACAAUUCAGGCAAUCAAUUGACAUGAAUCUAAAGUAGGUUGUGCGUUUGCUGGUUACGAUUUGAGUAUAGAUGCCUAAAUAGUGUUCAGUCUUGUUAUUAGUGGUGGUGG